AUGACACCUGCGGACACAGCUAACGAGGCUUUGAAUGAAACACUGGCGGCUGUGCAAUUGUUGAUGAAGCGAUGGCUUCCUUUGACAAAGGCAAAUGACUUGAAGCGUCAUGCAGGGAUUGCAACUUCGUUGUCCCCUGGAACUAUUGUCAUGUGCAUGCCGUUCAUUGAGAGUCCUGAUCUUCCUGACGCUCAGACUCCAACAGCAAUAACAAGAAUAUCCUCCUCUUCCUCCUCCUCUGGAACUUCGGCACUGGUCUCAUUGACAACACCACCCGUCGCGGCUGCAUCUACUUCGGUCCCUCCUCCCGGUGACAUAGACCGUUCGAGCAUAUCCGCCGCACCGGCAAUAGAACUGUCGUCAUUGUCACCUGUCCCCAUUCUCAAAGGCAUUGGAACCUCUGACCCCCCUUCCUGCAUUAAGAAUGCGGUGAAUACAAUUCCAAAGGGCGGCAAUGGUAAGAAGAGACAGGCGGAAGAUGACCAACCGGUAGAGGCUAAAUUAGUUGACAACUCGACUUCCCGGUCACGGAAGUCUGUUCCGAAGAGGAAAAGGGUAAUGUCGGCUGAUGAAGACAAUGAAACUACCAACCCAGUUCUGAUGCAGCUGACCCACCGCAUGACUAUAUUCCCUAAGGUGGUACCAUCACAGAGCAUCACCGAAGAGGAUUUGGCAUCGGCACGUUCGCAUCACUCGGAAGGCACAGAUUAUAGAGGUUUCUGGGAUGCAGAAAGCAGGCCUGUUGAAUGGGGCCAGGACUCUGCUAUCGCCACGGCAGUGAAGUAUUCCGUUCGUCAUCACCCACAGAAAUGCGACAAGUGCACCAAAUUGGGUGUGGCCUGUCUUGUCCUCCCGGAUAAGAAGUUCGGAUGCAUUCGACUUGCCUGCGCUAAUUGCGAUGAUAUGAAGAUCACAUGUGCGAUCAACGGAGUCGGCGUCCGAGAAAGAAUGCAGGCAAAGGCAAAGGCAAAGGCCACAGCGGCAGGUGACGCCCACCCUGUCAGACGAUCUAAGUCACGUGCCCCCAAGUCCCGAGUUGUGAACAAUACUCCGGUCAAUACCCGGUCCCGGCAGAUCUUGAUACCGCCGGCGCUGUCCUCUUUGGAUGUUGAGCCUAACAACAUUGAACGCGGAGACUCCGCACCGGAUGCUAACCCAAUGUCUAUUGAUAUUCCACCGGUUCACACAGCGGUUCAACCGAUGCCUACGAUGCGCCCAUCGGUGCAAGCCGAGGCGGAAACGCCGCGAGCAGUCAAUCCCACGCAGCCCGAGCCAACUGCGAGGGAUAUCCUCCAGAGCAUCCAGGACCUUGGAAGGCGGCUUGAUCUUCUCGCCACCAGCGAAAGGGUCGAUGAGUUGGAUGCAAGACUCGGUUCGGUGGAAGAUGUCUUUGGGCGGCGAUUGAAUGCACUUGAGCAACGUCUCAAUUCAUCUGAUACAGAAUGGAGAGCAAUGUCAGCUUCUGUUGGCCAUUUAACCAUUGCUCUUCGGGAUCAUAAAGAUGAUCUUACUGCACAUCGUUCCCGGAUCAACACUACCGCUUAUGCCCCCCCAAGUCAUGCAAAUGCACACCUGCCGGCCUGGCUCGCUCAGAGUGACGAAGACCCGCACAUCUCAGCAAUCGGCCGACAGUGGACUCAUGCGUGGGAUGUGUCCGUGAUGACGGGUGUUCAAGGGCAUGUCGGUACCUCAGCAUCUGCUGUGCUCGUUACGGAAACCGUCGAUUCCAUGGUCCUGGCAGCGGAUGUAUCGCCAGACACCUCUAGCGAUCUCUCAACGAUAUCCGAUGAUUAA